UAAAGUUCAAAACCGUUCGGCCGAUCAUGCAUCACGACCCGGGAAACUAAGACCCGCAGUCGGCCACGCCACGACCGUCCACGCCUCGCCGCGCACGACCAUGCCGCGCGAGCCGGGAAACAAAGCCUCGCGGCCGCGUAACCUAUCUCGCGUACCACGGCCGAUGGUUCCGGCUCGUCCCAAGUCCGGCCGAGAAACCAUCGACCAUUCCAUCAACCGUCCGACCACACCGGCCGACCGUUAA